AUGACAUCCUCUCGGUCACAGAUGAUUGCGGGAAUGCUUGGGUUUAGUGCUGGCACCUUUCCUUUUUCUUAUCUCAAAUGCCCCAUUUUCAAAGGUACAAAGAUUAAUUUAUGGACUGACAACUGGCUUGGCAAUAGUCUGCUGGAGUUGUUGCAAAUUCCGCUCGCAAUUCACAAUCAACUGCGUGCUAUAGUUGCUGACAUUAUUGCUGAUGGGGCCUUGCUGCUCCCUGCAGCAGCGCUGAUGGGGCCUACUGCUCCUUUGCUGGAUUCCCUUGUCUGGCUCCACUCAUCAAACAGUAAAUUAACUUCGAAACUUGCUCUCAAUUUUCUGAAACCUGCUGUUGUUAAUUUACCAUGGGCUGCUGUAAUUUGGAAAUCUUGCAUCCCUCCUGCGCAUUCAUUUAUUCUUUGGUGCAUUAUGCAUGGGAAAAUUCCCACGGAUGAAAACCUUCGUCGUCGUGGAUGUAUUAAUGUUUCGAUUUGCAGCUUCUGUUUACGCACGGAUGAAUCCUACGAACAUUUGUUUCUUCAUUGUCCCUUUGCAAAGAAUAUUUGGUUAUGGCUGGGCGGUCUCCUUCAUACCCCUUUUGACAUACUAUCUUUUGCGGCCCUGCUUGGUUCUAUUCCGCAAAAUUGUUCUUCCCAAAUUCAUGACAUCCAUUUGGCUGCGGUAAUUCACUCUCUUCAUGGUAUUUGGAUGGCGCGGAAUUCUUUGCGUUUCACUGACCAAACAGCCUCUUUACACUCGACAAAGGUUCAUAUUCUGGUGGCUAUUAGCUUUAGUGGCAAUAUUUCGACUGGUAAAUGUAUUGUUUCAGAUGCAAAUAUUCUAGAUGCUUUAUUGGUCUCUCCCCACAAUCGUCGUGUUAGCGAUAUUUUGAUGGUGUAUUGGAAGGCCCCCUUGGCCCCUUGGAUAAAAUUGAACACAGAUGGCUCUCUAAUUGGUUCUCAUGCAGCUUGUGGGGGCCUGUUCCGUGACCACCGAGGCUCCCUUUUAGGCGCCUUUGUCUGUAAUAUUGGCACAUCUACUGUUUUUUAUGCUGAGGUAUACGCUUUUCUUCUUGCUUUGGAGUAUGCAGCUCAGAACGGUUGGAGGAAUGUCUGGUUAGAGAGUGAUUCGACGAUUGCUCUUUUGGUCUUUAAAAACCGGUCGCUUGUUCUGGUUUUACUCCAUAAUGGCUGGCAUAAUGUUUGCAACCAAGGAAUUCAAAUUAUCUCAUCUCACGUCUUUAGGGAAGGGAACUGUUGUGCAUAUUUUCUGGCUAAUAUGGGACACACGACCCAAGGCAACGUUUGGUUAUCGGUGUUGCCUCAGACUAUUCAGACUGACUUCUUCUUGGACCGGAGUGGGUUCCCUCGUUCUAGGCUCCCGUAG